AUGGCCAAACAAAUUUCUCAAAGAGAGAAGAAGAAGAAGACACGAAAGCUUGUUAUAACAACCACAUCCACAAAAGAUGAAGAUGAACGAAUUCUUGAAACACCUGAAGCAAAUCUUAACAAGGAAAGUUCAACUCCUGAGCAGACAAUGGUCAUACCACCCAAAGAUUCAUUUGCCAAGUCAUCUCAUGAGGAGGCACGAACUUCAUACAUCAAUGAAAACGUAUCUCAUAUCGAUGUAAAUGUCAACAUGGGUGACGGAGAUGCGGAGACAGAAGCUCAAGAUUUGUCAAGUUGUACGAAAGCAGGAGUCCUCAACUUACUCAACUUUCUGCAACGGAAAGUAAAAAUUUUCUAG